UAACGGUAAUCAGACUGCAGACACGAGGCGACGCACACGUCACUGUGCUCCACAUAGAACAAGCUCUGACAUCACAUGGCCUCCAUGGCUGCCAUGACAACGCUCUUUCCCCUUGAGGAUCCACACGGCGAAAACAUCACACCCUCGACUGACUACAUCGACUACAGCAAUGAAGAUGACCUGAUGUGCGACCGGACCUCAGUGCGUGACUUCCGAGGUUCCUACGAGCCGCCGCUCUUCUGGAUGAUCACUGUGGUCGGAGGUUUGGGGAACCUGGCGGUGGUUUGGAUUUAUCUUAACUUCCAGCGGCGGCUCAAGACCAUGACGGACAUCUACCUGCUGAACCUGGCAGUGGCUGACUUGCUCUUCCUGGUCACCUUGCCUCUGUGGGCAGCCGAGGCUUCCUACGGUUGGAGAUUUGGCAUCGCCCUCUGCAAGAUUAACUCCGCGCUCUACAAGGUCAAUCUCUUCAGCAGCAUGCUGCUGCUCACCUGUAUCAGCAUCGACCGCUACAUUGUCAUUGUGCAAACCACCAAGGCGCAGAACUCCAAGAUGGAGCGGCAGCGCCGCAGUCAACAGGUGUGUCUGUUGGUCUGGCUGCUCGCCGUGCUGCUGGCCACACCCGAGUUCAUAUUCUCCACCCCCAAAGGGAACGAGGACUCCUGGGAGUACUGCAGGUUGGUGUUUCCACCAAAUGUGGGGAACCGCACCAAGAUCAUGGUGCUGUCGCUGCAGGUCAGCGUGGGCUUCUGCCUGCCCUUCAUCAUCAUGGCCUUCUGUUACAGCUUCAUCAUCGCCACGCUGCUCAAGACCCGGAACUUCCAGAAGCACAAGGCCAUGCGUGUCAUCCUGGCGGUAGUGGCAGUCUUCAUAGUCUCCCAGCUGCCCUACAACUGUGUCCUGGUAACGGAGGCGGUCCAGGCCGCCUAUGUGACCAUAAGGAAGUGCGAGGAGCUGAAACACUUUGAUGUAGCAGGUCAGGUGCUGAAGAGCCUGGCCUACAUGCACGCCUGCCUCAACCCCUUCCUCUACGCCUUUGUGGGUGUGCGUUUCCGCCAUGACCUGCUGCGGCUGCUGCAGGUGUGCCGCUGCAGCGGUGAGGUCAGUAAAGCAGGUCAGCAUCACCGGGUGAGAUCAGUGAUGUCGGACACAGACACCUCACAGGCGCUGUCACUGUAGCCGCCACCAAUGGCGUGACUGUUAACAGGAAGUGAGCUUCCUGUUUGUGCUGCAGCUGCUGCGGUUUGUUUGUGAUGGUGACAGAUGAGUGAAUCAACGCUGCGCUUUUGUCACUCCCACUGCAGUCAAAGAUCAAAGUGGAACCCUAACGCACAACAGUUCUGACGUCUGUCCCACAAUGCAUUGCAUCAUCAAAUGAAAACACACCUGCACCUAUCAAAAGUGCACACGCCUGCUGCUCUUUGUCUUUAUUUUUUCAUGACACCAUCAAAGCUUUGAAACGUCUGCUCAUUAAUGUCAGAGUGAAAACAAAACAUCCAAAUUGAUCAUAAAUCAGCACUUAUAUUCAUGAAGAUGAGCAAUUAAACAAUCCGUUACUUUAUGGAGGCAUGAAAGAGUAUAAAAACUGUUUUUGAUUUGAUGUAAUCCUUUUUAAAACAUGCAUGUGGCCUUUUCAUUGCCACUGUAGAUACUGCAGAUCCUGGGUCAGUUUUCUAUCAUGUCCUGAUCAUAAAUGACUCAUCAGACAGGUUCUGAAUCAGUUUUGUAGAAAAGCUCAUGUGCCAUAUUUUCGAGAGUAAACAUUGCAUCUGUUCUCUGGAUUAUUGCAUCUGUAAUUUCAGGUUUUUUGUGUGUUGUUCUCAUGUACAUUUAUUAUUGGAGUGUAUUUUAUUUAGUCCCUUGUUACUGAAAAAUUCUAAAAUAAACGUAAAAUAAAUAAAGUUAUUAAUGUUAAAAAAAGAACCUGUGGAGCAGAACUCACAGAACCUCCAAAACUACUACAAAAUAACUGACUGUACUUCAGAAAAUAUGGUACUUUAAUGAAUGUACGCAUUGGAAUUUUAAAAAACUGAUUUUCAGUGAUACAAAAGGCAAAAUGUGAAUGUAAAUAUGUCAUGUUUAUGAAUGGAAAAUGAAUGCAAACAAAGCUGCUUUGAUG